AGGCUUCACGAUGUUUUAUCAAAUUUCUUGGCUGUCUCUGGGCUCCUCUAUGAUGUCUUUGGCCGGCUGUCUUCCCCACGCUUGGUCUAGAGAUGCAAGUGCUAAAGACUCGAGGCCUGUAAAGCGAUCAUCUUCAUCCUCAAGCAGAAAGUUUUCAGAGAUCCAUUUCCCGUGUUGAGCACUCCCCGCACCUGUGCGGAGGCGGCUGUGGGUAAGUGGGGCAAUAGCAUCAUUUACCCCUCCUUAUAAAGGUUUCAAAGAUACGAGAAGCGCCCUCUUAUCCUAACUCCAACCUCUAUCAUCAGAGUAGCUCUGCAAACAUUACCAAGUAAACCUCAUUAUCUCAUAUUUUAAACCAUAACCACCCACCAUGUCCGCAAAAACCACCAUCAAAGUCCCCCACCUCGGCGGCAUCGACGUAGGUUACCGCCUCUCCAACAACAGCGUCGACGCCACAAAACCCACCGUCGUCCUAAUCAACUCCAUGUGCACGACCUCCUCCCUCUACAACGAGCAAUUCAACAGCAAGUCCCUCACCGAUGCCGUGAACCUCCUCGCCAUUGAGCCGCUAGGCCACGGCGCUACUACCUCAGCCACAGAGCACUUCACGUAUUGGGACACGGCGACUAUGGCGUUGCAGGCUAUGGAGGCGUUGGGGGUGGAGAAGGCUUUUGCGCUGGGGACUAGUCAGGGGGGGUGGAUGGUUGUUAGGAUGGCGUUGUUGGCGCCUGAGAAGAUCCUCGGUCUCCUCCCCCUCGGAACAUCCAUGGACUACGAAUCCGCAUCCUCGCGCGAGAAGGGUUGCUGGGACCCUAAGACCAACCUCCUCCCCUUCUACCUGAAGUGGUCCGUCCCCAACCCCGACUUCGUAGUCGACGCCGUCUGGUGCGGUAUGGUAGGCAGCCUCGGCUUUUCCGGGACCGUCAGCGCGGAGACGCUGGCGUUCUGGGAUGAGACGGUGAGGGAGGUGUAUAGUGGGGAGGAGGGGAGGAAGAGGUUGAGGAUGGCGGUGAUUUGUCUUCUAGAGAGGGAUGGGUUGUUGUUGAGGUUGAGGGAUGUGAAGUGCCCUGUGUACUGGUUGCAUGGACCUGAGGAUCCGGUGUUUAGCAAGACUAUUCCGGAGGAGCAGAUUAAGCUCUUUACGUCGUCGCCGGAGGCGACGCUGACGAUUGUUGAGGGUGCGGGACAUUAUCUUAAUGCUACGAGUCCCAAGGAGACAGAGGAGGCUAUUUUGAAGAUGGUCAGCAAGUACGCUUAAAUGUCAUCAUGGAGGGCUAAAGGAUUCUUGUGGUUCUGGGGCCAGGAGUCAAUAUAUAGGAUUGGGCCUCAGGGGAUGAAUACUAUGGAUUGGAGCUUCCCCUUGAUUUCUGUACAUAUCAAUCACAGUACUGCAUUUCAUGUCUACUCCAACUAAAGUUGAAAUGCAUUGCCACCA